AUGGAAUCUGCAACAAUUGAAGUUCGUUUUAAACAAACUGGUGAAACUAUUAGUGUACCAGUGUCAUCAACGUCGACAAUGAAAGAUAUUAUUAAAUAUGUAUGUAAAGAAAGUGUGUGCAGAGAAGAAAUUGAUUAUAAUAAUUAUUAUCUCAUUUUGUUGAACAAUCAAGAAAUGUUGGAUGAUGACAAGACAUUUGAAGAAAUUCAAGCUAUUUCAAGAGAAAAUCCUGACUUUCAGCUGUGUAUGAAAACAGCAAUACGUGAGCAAAUAAUGCGCCUUGCUCGACGAUAUGUAAGACCGGGUCUAGUCGAAAGAGUAGUUUACCCACAAAUACCUGUUGAUGAUGCCGCAUCAAGAAUAAUAAUAGAAAGCAAUGAGAAUUUGCAACCCUCUACUCACGAAACUGAUGCCUCACAUGAAUCAAAUGCCGUUCUCUGUACAACACAAUCCAAUACAGAAGGAGACUCAACCCCAGCAAUAUCUCCAACGUCUUCUGAUACAUUAAAACAUUAUCCAAUGAGCGAAUUACCAAAAGGAUUCGAACGUUGGACUCAAGAAGACAUUCGUGGAAGCUUAGAAAUGAUUUUAAAAAAACCUAAAUCCGAUGUACUAUGCAUGAUCUAUUGUGCAUCACCAAGUUCUUCUGCAAAUACUGAGCAGAUCAAGUGGCUAUUAAAAGAGUGUAUGAGUAAACAAAUAUUUUGUGCUCUUGUAUGUACAAACAAAUGGGCCGGAUCGAGAGAACAGCGAGAUGCAGUCAUGAAAGAUUUUCAACGUUUAUUGGAAGAUCGUCAUCCCAAAACUCGAGAAGAGAAUGAUGUUAUCUACUUCGGAAAUAUGGGAUUAUGCACAGCAGUCAAUAGCGAAAGAUUUAUAAUUCAAGAACUCAAUAUAAUAUUACAGCCAUCGGGGAUUGAUGAACUUAUUUUAGGUAUUAUGCAAUCACUUGAUGACGAAAAAUUAGCUCAAUGGUGUAUGUUAGCAUUUGAGAACAAAUCAUUCUGGAAAAACCUGUUUGUUUCUGGAAAACCAAUUAAAAGGCUUUGGAACAAACUGCUCGGUAAAAAAUAA